AUGUCAAAGACAAAUAUAUUGAUGGAGAUCAAGGAUAUGAUGGAACUCAAAUGGCCUGUCAGGAUGAGGUCACCACCUGAAUCCAGGGACAUGAACAAGUACUGUGAUUUCCAUUGGGAUCAUGGGCAUAUCAUGGAGAACUGUAAGGCCCUGCAACGGGAGAUUGAAGCCCUUAUUAAAAGAGGACUCCUGAGUUCCUACGUCGGCAACGAUAAACGCCCGAGGAAUGAUCGUGGUAGGGAAAAAGCCCCUGAAGCAAAAAGGGAUGGUCAACCCAUUGCUGGAACCGUCAAUAUCAUCAUUGGGGGUAUUGCCUUGGGAGGAGACUCCAACAGUGGAAGAAAACAAUAUGCCCGACAAUAUGCCUUGGCCUCUGGAAUACCUCAUGGUAAGCUGGAGGAUAUUACUUUUGGAACCGGGGACUUGGAAGGUGUAUCACUUCCACAUGAUGAUGCCUUGGUCAUCUCAGCGAUUGUGGCCAAUUUUGAAGUAAAGAGAAUCUUGGUUGACAACGGGAGUGCGGCCAAUAUACUUUUACAAGAAGCUUUUGCCAAAAUGGAAAUCUCAUCUCAGCAGCUCAAAGCGGUUAAAACUCCUUUCCAAGGGUUUGGGGGAGGAGUUAUCACUCCAGAGGGUGUCGUCGAGCUUCCUCUAACUUGGGUUCUGGCCAGAAAUAGGUUACGGAGAUGA